GAGAAAACCUUCGUUCAAAACCCUCUUCUUUCCUUUUUUUAUUUUUUAUUUUCUUCUCGAACCCCUCUCCCGUCCAAAUCUCUCGUCGCCUGCUUCCUCUCGCCCUUCGCCGGAGGGGCCUCAACGUCUCCCACCGCCCCAUGCCCUAACCCUAGUUCCACGAUUUCCUCUCUCUUCGUGCUCUCUUAGGCGCCAUUAGAGCUCGGCGAAGCUCCUCUCUCUCUCUUGCGCGCGCGCGUUGUGAUCGGUCCCGAACGCUGUGGGAUAUGGAUGGGGGUGGGGGCUAUAAUCCGCGUACGCCUGAGGAGGUAUUCAGGGAUUUUAGAGCUAGGAGGGCCGGAAUAAUCAAAGCCCUAACCACUGAUGUCGAGAAAUUCCACCAACAGUGCGACCCAGAGAAGGAGAAUUUAUGUCUGUAUGGACAUCCCAAUGAGACUUGGGAAGUGAACUUGCCUGCGGAGGAAGUGCCGCCUGAACUCCCAGAGCCGGCAUUAGGUAUAAAUUUUGCUCGUGAUGGAAUGGAGGAGAAGGAUUGGUUAUCAUUGGUAGCAGUUCAUAGCGAUGCGUGGCUAUUGGCUGUUGCCUUUUACUUUGGAGCGCGCUUCGGAUUCGAUAAGGAAUCCAGGAAGCGGUUGUUUACCAUGAUUAAUGGUCUUCCCACUAUAUAUGAGGUUGUGACAGGAACUGCGAAGAAGCAAUCAAAAGAAAAAACCCCUAAUAGCAGCAUCAAGAACACCAAAUCAGGCUCCAAACCGUCACGGAACUCCGAAUCCCAUACUAAGGCCUCAAAGAUGCCUCCAAAAGAGGACGAAGAGAGUGAAGGAGGUGAGGGCGAGGGAGGCGAGGAAGAGCACGGGAACACUCUGUGUGGCGCCUGUGGGGACAAUUACGCGAAUGAUGAGUUCUGGAUUUGCUGUGAUGUGUGUGAGAAAUGGUUCCAUGGCAAGUGCGUUAAGAUCACUCCUGCCAGAGCUGAGCACAUCAAACAGUACAAAUGUCCUGGUUGCAGUAACAAGAGGGCUAGGACAUGAAGGUUUUUGAAAGCUCGUGGUCGGCCUUAAAGAUGAAGUCGUCGGAAAUGUCAGAAAGGGAGACUAUUUUCGAUGCAGCUGAUAACCGGUUUAAAGUUUAGUUUUAUGUCUUACUGGAUGUCUAAUCUUUGUUAAUUAUUGGUGUCUAUUUGGCUUGUGACUUCUCAGUUUUAACAUAUUGUAGCAGAUAGUGAAGUUUUUCAGCUUUCUUAGUCCGCGCUUUGUGAUGUGGUGGCAGAUAUGAACGCAUCAGGUCAUAAAAGCAUGGUUCAUGUUUUCAAUUUAGAAUACCAGGUACUUUUCUAACUUUGUGGAGUUACUCAAAUUAGCCCUUAAUGGAGUGCAUUUCACUGCAUCUUUUUCUUCUACUUCGGCCCUAAUGGCUUUAGCAGCAGUGUGUAGUGUUGUCAGCUGGGAAUUGAGUGGUGUAUAUCAAUUAGUCUGGUAAUGUGUUGGUAUAUACUAUACACUCGACUGUUUUCCUGAACUUAAAAUGUGCUCUUAAUUAAUAGAGAGGAUGAGAUAUAUUGAAAGAA